UAUUUGGAGCACCGGUUCGACCGCAGGGUCCGAAUGGUGGCCUCUUUGGUCUUCACGUCUCAAAUGAUAAUCUAUAUGUCGAUUGUCUUAUACGCGCCGGCAUUAGCUCUCAAUGCGGUCACCGGACUGUCCAAAUGGACGGCUAUAUUAUCUGUUGGUAUAGUUUGUACCAUCUAUUGCACGAUUGGAGGCAUCAAAGCUGUCAUUUGGACGGAUGUGUUUCAAUCAUUCCUGAUGUUCACCGCAAUGAUUAUUAUUGUGGUUAAAGGCGUGUAUGAUGUCGGAGGGGUCGACGUUCUUAAAUCCAAAUCCGAUGAUAAGACAUACGUUUUGGUCGCAAACAAUCGGAGGAAUCUUCAUAUAUGUCUCGCUUUAUGGUGUCAACCAAACACAAGUUCAGAGACUAUUAACUCUUAA